AUGAUGGCUACCAAAGCUGAUCCUGAUGUCCGCGCCGACGUGGACCUUAUGGUCUUGGACUACUUGGCCACUCUUGCCAUUGGAAGGGUGCUCACGGCCGCAGGAAAUCCGACCAAGACCCCAAGGCUGGAAGAGGAGGUGGAUUGGCAGGUUCGAACGGUUAAAGUGUUUCAUGCAAACAUGAUGACUGCAUGUGAGGACAUUGCAACGUCGUCCGACCUUGAGAUCAAACUCCAGAUCCUGGAAUUUGUCAAUGAAUUCUGGAAUCACCCAGGUCCGCCAAAAAGUUCUUCCCGAAACACGGCAUCGAAUUCAAAUCAGGAUCCGAGCAAAACCUCAGCUCAGGCCAUGGAUCAGAAUACCAGUGAUGACUUCAAAACAAGCUCAACAAAUCCUCAAUCACUCCAACUCCCCCUAGGUACCAUUGGCCUCGACUUUCUAGAGCUGUGCGACCGUGCAAGUGCAAAAGUCUCCCCUACACGCUGGUUUGACCUCGGUGCCCGAUUUGUCGUCCAGUCUGAAUUGGAGGACUACCCCACAUGUCACGAUGGAAUGUCCAGCAGAGCUGCAGAGUUGUUCCAGUGGCUUCCUCGGAACCCUGACUUGAAGCCGAAGUGGGUGGCAAUGCAGGGUCAGUAUGUCCUACGUGCGAACAUUUACGAGCUUGAGGACGGAGAUGAGCGCAACGCGAUGUGGGAGCAAUUGAAAGAUGAGAACCCCUUUGACAAAUUCAGGAGCAUGGUGAUUGCGUUCGUCGAUGAUCUGAUGGAUACCCUUGAUCCGCCGGUGCUGCUGCAAUUGGAGUGUGGCAAGCUGGGUAGUUUGACGGAGGCUGAGACGCGCGAGUUGAAGGAACGGAUUGGAAUGCGCUGA